UGCCACCUGCACGCUCCGCGACUGGGCCCGUACUUGCACUUCGCUAUGGUUGCUGAGUCUGGACAUACUUUUAAGCCUGCAGGCGGUGGCUGCCGCGAUAUCCGCGUUCCACUUGACUGCCUAAAUUUUCACGGACUCUGAAGUAAAUAUGAGUGACAGCGGUGGAUAGCUUGUUGAGCCACUUGUUUGGCUCUGGCUUGGCGCAUAGUUUGGCUCCGCAGGACCGAACGCCAGACGGAAAGCACCGCCGAAACCAGCUUGCCCGCUAUAGCUGACUGAGGAGAGGUGUCAUGUCUCUUGUCAAGCAGCUGGCGAACAAAUGGGGCAGCGAAUCAAAAGCCAACAAGGAGGACUUGCUGCUGCGCUACUUCAAAUCGUCACCUUUUGAUGUGUGGCUCGCGCUUCAGCAUUUGUACACGAGCACGCAAGCUGGGGUGCAAGAUUAUCUGGCGAACCGGCUGCACGAGCUCAGCGAGGAGGCCGUCGAGCAGUUCCUGCUGCAGUUCGUGUAUCUUGCCGUCAGUCGGCCUGGCUCAGCGCUUGAGCGAACCAUUGUGGAGCUCUGUUCCAAAACUUUUCGGGUAGCCAUCAAGACACAAUGGCUCCUAGUGGCGUUAUGCCAGGACCACCCGAAGAACAAAACCCUGGAGAGCUUCCGGGAGCGGGCCUACAAAGCGGCUCUGGAGGGAAAAUGGGAGGUACCCAUCCGCAACCCCAAGCUGGACCCGCUGAGCCCCUACGCCAGCAAUGUGCUGGCUAGCCCCACCUUCAGCCCGCCCUUCAGCCCGGGGACCUCGCUCAUGCUGGCGCCCACCAUGCCGCCGCCGCUGUCGAUGCUGCCGCACUCGGCAGUGCCGCAACGUAAUACCGCGGCGAACGGCAGCUACGGCGGUGGCGCAGUCGGGCCGCAACCAGCGAAGCAACAGCAGCCUCUCCAGCACAGCUCCGCGGGCGGCAACAACGGGGCGCAAGACUCGGACUACCACAGUCCCACAUUCUCAGCAGCAACGGCGGUCCCGUUGGCCAACGCAGCCGCUGUGCCGGCGCCCAUGCACUCCCAGUCGCCAUUCUUCCACGCACACAACCACCCGCCGGUCGUGCAGCCGCCCGGCCACAUAGUCAUGUCGCCGCCCAGUCACGGCGGCCCGGGGUCCACUCUAGCCGCAGCCGCAGCGGCGGCGGGGAUAAGUGGCAGCGGCACGGUCCUGAGCAAUGGCAGCGUCGGUGGCGCUAGCUCGGCAGUGGGCACGGGCGCAAGCGAGCGUGCGGUCGCGGUGACGGCCGCCGCCAACCUGCUGCCGGUGCUCCCAGUGGCGCUGCCGGGACAGCAGGGGCAAGAGGGUGCGGGCGGGGGCGAGCCGGGGCUGCGGCUGCAGCACAGCAGCGGCGGGGCGGGGCUGACCGCACGGAAGAGCGGUAGCCUACAGAUUGACCUGGGCUGUCUGCUGGCGCCGGAGCAGCGUGGGCUGUCGCUGUCGGCGGGCCAGGGGGUGGUGUCACGGCAGGGGUCCAUGGGCGGUGCUGCGGGGCCCAUGUCGUCCACACAGCCGCCCAUGGAGCUGCCGCACGUGGCCGCGCCGCCGCCGCGCGGGCCGGCCGGUGCCGCGAUGCUGCUGGCAAAGCCGGUGGUUGCUGCUGCCAAUGGGCCAGUGGCGCGGGCUGCCCAGGCUGCAAAGGGUGAGGAGCUGCCGCUGCCGCCGCCUCGCCGCUCGGCAACUGGCACCAGCGCCGAUUCAGCCGGCGACCCCUCCAAACCAGGCGCCGCGGCGCGCGCCGCCAGCGCCAUCAGCGCCGCCGCCGCCAGCGCCGCCUCCAACCUGGCGGAGCGCAUCCAGUCGCUGCGGCGGGAGCUGGGCGAGGGCGAGGGCGUGUCGGCUCUGCUGGAGCGGUCGGCGAAGAACACGGCGGCGGGCAUGGUGGCGGCGGAGGACGAGGGGCUGAUGUCGGACGACGAGUUCGGCGGGCGGCCCAUGUCGCCGCUGACGCGGCUCCGCUACGACACCUUCGGCGCCACGCUGGAUUUUGUGGAUGCGCUGUGUGACGCGUCGUCAGCGCUGACCAACUAUUCACAGGAUGAGCGGCAUCGCGCGCUGCGGGUGGGGCUGGAGCACAUCAACCGGGAGAUAGAGGCCGCCAACCGCCGGGACGUGGCCAUCUGGUUCCCCAUGGGCCGCGGAGGCGACCGCGUGCUGCGGCUCACGGCGCGGGAGGCGGUGCUGCUCAACUCACGGGAAAAGGCGCCCUUCAUGCUGUUCGUGGAGGUGCUGGAGGGGCAGAACGAAUGCGGCGACCCCUACGGCGCCGGGCUCAGCCCCAGCGUGGGCGGCGCCGGCGUCGACCCCAUCUUCACCUCGGGCGGCGGCGCCGUGACCGCAGUGCAUGGCUGCGAGGGCGUGAGCUGCGUGGGCGGGCCGGCGGGCGGCCUGGCGGCGGGCGGCCCCGCGCCGCCGCCGGUGGUGCAGUUUGGGCGGCGGGAAACGUACGGCAUCGCGCUGACGGGCAUUGGCGCGCAGCACCAGCAGCAGUACAUGCACUCGUCGUAUGCGUCCUCCUCGGUCGGGGCGCCUUCCGUGUCUGGCGGCUCGCACGGGCAGGGGCACAGCAUUGGCUCGGUGUCUUCACCGGUGGGGCGGCAGGCUGGCGGCGGCAUCAGCGCCGCGGCGGACGGCGCGAGCGGCAGUACAGGCGGCGGCGGGGGCAGCGGGGUAGGCAGCACUGCGUCGGGGCGCGCGAGCCUGCCUUCCCAGGGCGGUGGCACGACGACGGCGACGACGGCGGACACAGCGUCGCUGGCCACCUCCACGUUUGACACGCCCAGCGGCCUCAGCCCCUCCGUGUCCAUGAGCCCCACGCAGUGCCGCUCGGACACCGGCAGCCCAGUGCCGGCCGGCGCCGGUGCGACGGCGUGCUCCGGCCCGGCCUGCAGCGGCGGCCACGCGCACGCCCACCCACUGGGCGUUAGCAACGUGCACGGGUCGGUGGCGGCGCAUCAGCACCAACAUCAACAACAACAACAGCAGCAGCAGAAGGAGCCGGCGGCGUGGGCACCGCCCCAGCAGUACCUGCUGGCGGCGCCGGUGGCCUCUUACCCCUCCAACUCCAUCAACUACGCGGGCGUGUUGGAAGAGGUGGCGGCGGCUCGCACGGCGUCGCCAGCUGCUGCAGCGCCGGGCGGUGCUGUGCCGGCAGCUGCCGCCUCGCCGCUCCACGCCAGCACGUCGUCGCCAACCGCGACCGUGGCGGGGGCGGAGGGCGAUGGGACGACUGGCACGUCGACCUCAGGGCCGCAAGCACUGUCUGGGUCGGCUGCCGCUGCGCUGUUGGGCGUGUCGCUCAUACGGCCGCCGUCAGCGGGGCCGCCCAGCUUUGGCAGUGGCGGCGGCCUGCCGUCGCCGUCUGUGCCGCCGCCUGGUGGCGCCGUCGUCAUUCCCACACGCAGCGCCUCGAAUAGCAACAUCGCGGCAGCAGCACUGGCGGCGACGACGGCGGCUGCCGCGGCUGCCGCUGCGAAUGCUAAUGCCCAUGCCGGCACGGGUAUGACCAGCGCAGGGCCCAGCUUCGCAUCCGCCGCUUCUGUCAUGAGCGUCGGCAGCAGCGGCUCGCUCGAUACCCUGGGGCCGCUUCCAGGUGCGCCUGGCAGCUCGGUGAGCGCGUCAACGCCAACCGCCGCUGCGGCGGCUGCGGCUGUGAUGGCGCUUACACGCGCCACGGAUGGCGGCGCGCCGCACGGUGCCACGACCGGGCCGGCACUUCACCCGCCGACGCCACGCGCCAAGUCGACGUCCUCAGGCUCGGCGGCGGCGACCGGGUUGCCGCCACGCCCGCCGCCGGCGCCGCCGCCAGGCGGCGUCAGCCCCAUCAACGCGGCAAAGGAGGUUUCGCCACACGUUACGGCGAGUGGCGCCGGCGCCGGCAGCGUAACUGCCAGCGCAUUGUUGAGGCGGGUGAUGGGUGACCGGUCGGAGGACAACGCCGGGGCGGCGACGGGGGCUGGACAGGGCCAGGCGGCCGCGCCCGGGCAGCCUUGCUCUCCGUCUUCACACGCGCCGUCGGGCGCGGUUGCAUUUGGAUCCGGGGUUAUUGGAUCCGGCGGUAGUGGUAGCAGCAGUGCCACAGGUAGCUUCACUCGCGCGGGCAAGGCGCAAGAGGGCGCCAGCGGCGUUGCCAGGUCGUUGUGCUUCUCUGGUGCCGAGGCACCGGGCAGCCCAGAUGCGCCCGCCCGCCCUGAUCCGGCAAUAGCCGCUGCGGUUGCGGCGGCGGCUGUAGCGUCCUACUCCCAGCAGCAGCAACAAAUGGCUGCACAGCAGCUUGCUCAGCAGCACGUGCAGGCGCAGCUGCCGCCCAUACCACCUGGCAGCCGCCCGCCGCCGCCGCCCUCGCUGCCGCCCAGCGGCCCCGGGCCGCUGGGGCAUCGCGGCCUGUCGGGUGGAGGUGGAGGCCAUCUGAGCGGGUCCGGCGGGGAAGCCGUGCAGCAGCAGCAGCCGGCUGCCGCUACUGCGGCUGCAGGCGGUAUGGGCGGACGGGAGCUCACGGAGGAAGAGAUUGCCGAGCUAAUGGCUGCAGGCUGCAUCAGCCCGCCGCCAGUCAAGUCCGACCCCACCAUGGCCAGUAAGCUGUCGGGGCUGCUGGCGUCCCUGCGCGGCGAGGCGCCCAUGGUGCGGGUGCGCAUCCGCGUGCUGCCGCAGCCCCCGGCGCAGCAGCCCCACUUCCAGCCCCAGUCCCUGAAGCAGCAGGACCCGCAGCCCUCGGCAGCGGCGGUAGGCGGGCAGGCGGAGCGUCCGGGCGCUCCUGCAGAUGCUGGCGCCGGCUUUGGCAGCGUCGCCCCCAGCCUGGCCUCCAGCAUGCACGGCGGCAGCGGCCUGUGCAAUGGCGCCGGCGUCAGCUCAAAUCUGCUGCCGCUCGAGCACGCGGCCGCGCUGGCAACCACCGCAGACGCAGCCGCCGGGGCCGGCGGUGACCCCUCGCUCGCGGCAUCCGGCUCCUUCACAUUGGCGACGCUGUCGGCCCUGGGAGGACGGGCCAAGGCGGCCCUGACCUCCUCGUCUUCAGCGGCUGCGGCUGCGCCGGUGUCUGGGCCGGCCGCCGGACCCUGCCCUGUGUCGGAGGACUCGGCAGCCAGCGGCGCAGACAGCGGACUGCUGGAUAAGAGCAAGGCGCUGGCGCUGCUGUCGCGCUUCGGGCUGUGCCGCAAGCCGGCGGCGGAAGACGACGUGGACGGUUCGGCGGUGCUGGCGCCGGCGGCGGCGACGUCGGCGACCGCUCCUGGCGCGGGAGGCGGCGGUGCCGGCAGCGGCGGGGGGAGUCAGAUGGGGCCUGUGGGCUCAAGGAUUGGUGCGGGCGGCGGCUGGCCGAUGGGCGGCAGCGGCUACGCGUCCCGCACGCCUCGGCUCGUCCAGGUGUCGUUCGAGGUGGCGCAGGGAGUCAACCUGGCCAUACCCUCGCCCUACCGCAAGAGCCGCCGCACCCCAUCGCACGAGGCUAUCGAGAUGCUAGCCGGCAAGUACAAGAUCCAGCACAUGCCGCCUCCCUACGAGUGCGGCCCGCCGCUGGUGCCGCUGCCGUCCUACCUGAUGGGCGCUGGCGCCGGCGGCGGCAGCCUCAGCGGUUCCUUCAGUGCGGUGCAGGAGGAGCGGCCGGGCGAGGAGGCUGAGGCGGCGGCGGCACCGGCAGCAGCAGCCAGCGACGGCAGCGGCUCGGUCGCCGGGCCCGAGCCCAGCUUCUCGCGCCGCCGCACCACCAACGCAUCCACCGUCAUCAACGUCUCGCUCAGCGGCAGCCCGGCAACGGCUCCGAUGGACGUGACCACGGCGGCGGCGGCGUCCCCGUCCGGUACCACCAAGUUGGGCUUUGCAAUCGGGGGUGGCGUGCUGGCAUCAACCGGCUCCCCGCCCACGCCGACACUGCAGCACCGCACUCCGUCGACAGCAGCGCCCACGCCCCCUGCUGCGUCUGCGCCCGUGGGGCCUUCCUCGUCAUUUUUGGGCCCGCUGGGCGGCCGGCCUGGCACGCCGCCGUCGAGUGCGGAUGGGCCGUCCAGCAGCGGCGGCGGUCCAUCGGGGCUGGCGGCAAGCCUCAAGUCCUCCCUGACCACGAUGCUGUCGCGGGCAUCGGGCGCCGACAAGGACAAAGACAAGCCGCCGUCCGACCCAGCUUCGCACGCCACCAACACACCCACCACCGGUGCCAGCCCGCGCGGCGGCAGCCCCGUCCGCGGCGGCCACAGCGGCCUCCCUUCCGGCCCAGCCGGCACCAGCUCCUCCUCCUCCUCCGGCGCCGGCCGCCUGGCCCGCCUCAUCAACAGCGUCAGCAGCAGCGGCACCGAGGACCGAGCCGCCGCGGCGGCGGUGGCGGCCUCCGCGGCCGGGCGCAACAUCGGCGGCGCAGCCGCCUCUGCGCUGUCCGCCGGCGGCUUGCCGCCAGCCCCAGCGCCCUCCACCUCGACGUCAGCGGCGGCGGCGGCCGCCGGCGUCAAGGUGACGGACGGCAAGCAGGAGCGCGAGAGCCUGGAGGAGCGGCGGCGGCGCGAGGCGGUGGCGGUGUACGGCGAGCGCUGGGCGGCCAAGGUGAAGCGCAUCCAGCGCGAGUCGCCGCAUGGGCGGCGGGCGGGCUGGGCGCUGCGGUGCGUCAUCGUCAAGAGCGGCGACGACUGCCGCCAGGAGCUGCUGGCGCUGCAGCUGAUCAAGGUGUUUGGGGACAUCUUCCGCGAGGCGGGCCUGCCGCUGUGGGUGCGGCCCUACGAGGUGCUGGUCACCUCCAACAGGACGGCGCUGAUCGAGAUGGUGCCCAACACGCUGUCGCUGCACACCAUCAAGAGCCGCUCGCCGCCCAGCACCUCGCUGUCGGACCACUUCUUUGCAAAGUUCGGCCGCGCCGGCUCGCCUGGCUGCACCGCCGCGCAGCGCCGCUUCACCGAGAGCCUGGCGGCCUACUCGCUCAUCUGCUACCUGCUGCAGAUCAAGGACCGGCACAACGGCAACAUCCUGCUUGAUGACGACGGCCGCAUUGUGCACAUCGACUUUGGUUUCCUGCUGUCCAACUCGCCCGGCGGCGUCAACUUCGAGAGCGCGCCCUUCAAGCUCACGCGCGAGCUGCUGGAGGUGAUGGACUCCAACAGCGACGGCCGGCCCAGCGAGAUGUUCGACUACUUCAAGGUGCUGAUGAUCCAGGGCUUCCUGGCCAUGCGCAAGCAGGCGGACCGCAUCCUGCUGCUGACGCGCAUGAUGCACAAGAGCGGCUUCCCCUGCUACAAGGCCGGCGAGCGGGCCGUCAAGGCGCUGGAGAAGCGGAUGCAGAUGACCCUGACGGAGGUGCAGUGCGUGGCGCACGUGCUGCAGCUGAUCGCGGAGAGCCUGGACGCCUGGCGCACACGGCAGUACGACUACUACCAGCGCGUGCUCAACGGCAUCCUGUGAGGGGCGCAAGGAGAGGCAGGGCGACAGGACAGCGCUGCUCGGCACGACACGGUGUGGCGUGCGCAGUAUGGUGCCGCGCCACUGCAGGAGCAGGGACCCGCGAGGCUGGUCGUGGGCCUCUUAUGCCUGUGCUGUGUUUCGUCCAGGAGCUGGCAGUUGGCAGCACAGUGCUGUGUGAGGCCGGCAGCGUGGAGUGAAGGUCCGGACUGGGAAGUAACCAGCACACCCAAAACGCAAGUUGAGGGAUGGUGGUCAGGGGGCGCAGGACGUGGGGGAUGCUGCGUUGCAGAAUGCGGCGAUUGUGUGCCCAACGAGAGUUGUGUUGCCGUAGUGUCCAGGAAACGCUGCGUUGUAGUGUCCAUGGGUAUCGAUGGGGUGGGGGUUCUGAGCGGGCGAGAUUGGCAGGGAUAGUGGCGCCUUUGAUGAAGAGGCAUGGCUUGCAGGGGUCGCGGUGGGUCGUUGCGCGCGGCAUUCGUUGUGGGGAGGUGGGGCGUACGCGCAGGCGAGGCUCGGAUGGGGAUCGCGUUUGUACGCGGAUUGUUUGGCAGUGCUCUUCCCUUGAUGAAAGCAUAGUAAGUAGGCGGCGGCCAGUACCAUAGCUGAGUUGUUGGACGUAAUCGUCGUUCAGUUUGUACCGAAUCAAAUGGAGGCGGUUCUACAGUUUACAGGACCGCGUUGGAAUCCAGCUUGACAAGGCCGGCUCUUGCUUAUCGGCACGAGUGCAGUAGUAUCUGGUACCGAGUACCUAGGAUUUGGUGCGCUAAGUGCUUUGCCGUGAACGCUACCAUUGGGAGUGUCCUUGUCCACACAUGUGUUGGUUGGAGGCUGCUGGGCGGCUGCAUGGCCGUCGGGUGGGCGGGUCUGUCCUCUGUGUGUCCUCCGUGCGUUGCGUGCACGCGGGCAAGCACGGCUUCACGUGUUGAAGGUUUCUGGGAAAUAUAACAAGUGCAAUGCGUAUGAACGGUUUGUGACCUCAAAAGCACGAAGGUAUGACGUGUGGGACUGUGAAGGGACUGUACAGCUGUUUUUGACGCGUGUCAGCAAGACGGGUAGGACAGAAUAGGGCUGCGCGCCUGCGCGUCUGCAUGGGUACUGUGGGUGGGGUAGUACGGCGCACUCGCCUGUUGCUCGGGAUUGGAUAUGGACACAUUACUGCGGUAGUAGUGAAGUUAAUGAUGUAAUUUUGCGGUGCCAGCCUGCCGCCUCGCCCGCUUCUCUCCCACGUCAGCGCCCACAUAUUCGCCCAGCCUACUGCAUAAUGCAAUUGCGACUGCAGUGCCUUGAGGCUUCGCCAUGUGCGUAUGCGCCAGCCCAAGACACACGGGAGCUGAGCCGCUUAGGCAAUGCCCACU